AUGAAGCGAUACUUUGGACUCCGGGGUACAUCCCUAAAUAUCAUGAUCAGUAUUAUUGCUGGUCUGGAUUUCUUGCUUUUUGGAUAUGACCAGGGUGUUAUGGGAGGUCUCUUGACUUUGAAUUCAUUUGUCACCACUUUCCCUGAGGGUAUCACAAUUGCCUCCUACAACUUAGGUUGUUUUUUCGGUGCCGUCUUCUGUAUUUGGAUUGGUAACUAUCUGGGUCGUCGCAAGACCAUCUUCACUGGCUCAAUUAUCAUGGUGAUUGGUGCAACUCUGCAGUCAUGUGCAUACAGCCUUCCACAUCUGAUUGCUGGCCGCGUGCUCACUGGUAUUGGAAAUGGCAUGAACACUUCGACCGUCCCUACUUGGCAAGCUGAGUGUUCCAAGUCCCACCACCGUGGCCCCCUGGUUAUGCUGGAAGGCUCCUUAAUUGCGGGUGGUAUCACUAUCAGUUACUGGAUUGACCUUGGAUUCUCCUUCCUGGAUCCCAGCUCAGUGGCAUGGCGAUUCCCAAUUGCCUUCCAGAACUUCUUCACGCUCGUCAUUCUCGCCUGUGUGCUUCCACUGCCGGAGUCACCCCGUUGGCUGAUUAUGAAAGGUCAGGGCGACGAAUACAUCCACUCCGAGUUCGCUGCAAUCAAAGAUGCCGUUCUGGACGCCGAUACCGUUAGCUUCCGGGAUCUGUGCACCAUGGAUGAGAACCGUCAUUUGCACCGCGUCGUUCUUGCGUACAUCAACCAGAUGUUCCAGCAAAUUUCUGGCAUUAACUUGAUCACCUACUAUGCUGCCACUAUCUACGAGAACUCGAUUGGCAUGGAUGGUCUCACAUCACGAAUUAUGGCUGCCUGCAAUGGUACCGAGUACUUCCUCGCCUCUCUCAUCCCUAUUUUCAUUAUCGAGAAGGUUGGUCGUCGCAGCCUGAUGUUGGUCGGCGCUGCUGGCAUGUCCCUCUCUAUGGCUGUACUAGCUAUUUGCACUAGCUUUGAGGGAGAGACUAAGCCCGGUAUUGCCGCCGCGGUGUUCUUGUUUGUCUUCAACACCUUCUUCGCUUGGGGUUGGUUGGGUAUGACCUGGCUCUACCCGGCCGAGAUUGUCCCCCCUGCGAUCUUUAACUUCUUGGUUGUCAUGAUUACCCCCGUCGCUUUCGAGAACAUCGGAUACCAAACCUACAUCAUCUUUGCGGUCAUCAACGCUUUCAUCUUUCCCGUCGUCUACUUCUUCUACCCAGAGACCGCCUACCGAUCCUUGGAGGAGAUGGACACUAUCUUCCAGAAUUCUACCAGUGUCUUCAACGUCGUCUCUGUCGCUCGCAACCAGCCCCACCGCUACGGCAAGAACGGCGAGCUGCUCAUCAACUACCAAGACACCGAAGAGCACCUCCGCCGCGCCAGUCAUGUCUCCGAGAAGCAUGGAAAGACCUUUGCUUCAAGUGGUCAGCUGGAGAGUGGUAAGGGUGCUCAUAUCGAGAACAAUCAGGACAGCAUCUCCACUAGCAGCUAA